AUGUUAUUGAAGAAAACUUGUUGUGACAAGACUUAUAAUGCAGAUAAUGAAACAUGUAGCAGCGGUAUAGGUUUCAUUUUGAGUUAUCCUAUUCCCUGUAUGCCGCAAUCUAGAAUCCUUGAUCUUAUUUUACAAUUGGACCCGUUCUUCUUCCUGUACUAUGGUAUACCGACAGGUUUUGGCCCACUAAAGUUUUUGGAAAAGUGUUUUGUUGAAAUCUUUGAAACGUCUACUUUCCAGGCCGUGAGGUGGGUACCAGUGGUGAUCAUAUUAGCUGCACUUUGUUGGGGUUAUUAUGCCUACUUUUAUCCCGAUAAAGACUGUCUGAACGAAUUAAUGGCUUGUGAACGUGAUGAGCAUCUAGAGCAGGCUGUACUUGCUAGAUAUGUUUCAAUACAUCGAGUACCAGUGAAGACAAGAGACUUCGCAAGAGGUGAGCCUUGUUUGGCGAAAAUUUGA